CUGGAAAAUGUACAGCAAAAGAAAAUCUCGGAAGAGAGUAUGGAAAGGACCCACCAGGGAAAAGAGCCAUUUCCUGCUGAUUCGGUGGAAUCUCUGAUGGUGGAAAUGCCGUUUGUCGACACCGAUAUCGAAGAGGAAUUUGUUAUGUGUGCAACUCCUGAAAUAAAUAUGAAAACAAAAAGGAAGAGGACUACUGGAAGAGAAACUGAAGAAGGCAGCGAGAGAAAGAAGAAAAAGAAUAAACAAUAUCAGCCGAAUUACUUCAUUUCUCUUCCAAUUACUAAUCCAAAGAUCACCCACAACGUCCAGGCUCUCCAAGAUGCAAUCCUACAGAAGGACCAAAGACUUUCCAAAGCCAUGGUUGGCUCUGGCUCGUUGCACGUCACCAUGUUUGUGAUGCAUUUAUCCAACGAAGAAGAAAUUAGCACAGCAGCUGAUGCUCUUUCAGACAGCAAGGAUUUUGUAGAAGAUCUCCUGAAAGGAAAAACGGUGGAAUUGUCUUUUCAAGGAACGGAUCACUUCCAAAAUCAAGUUGGAUUCGUGAAGUUGGCAGACAAUGAUCACAAAACUAUACUUCUGGAAAUAGCAGAAACCAUGAAGAAGAUAUUUCAAGAAAAGGGCAUCUUGGCAGGAGAAGAAAGAGCUUUUAAACCACAUCUGACCUUCAUGAAGUUGUCAAAAUCAGCCCAGCUCCGUAAGCAGGUGAAAAAAAUUGACUCGAGCCUGUAUGAAGACUUUAAAAGCCAUUAUUUUGGAGUUGAAAUCCUGCACCGCCUAGAUCUUUGCUCCAUGUUGAAAAAAAAGCAACCAAAUGGUUACUACUUCUGUGAGUCUUCUAUUGUUUUUGGAAAGAGCCGUGAAGCAGAGUUGGUAAAAGAAGCUUUGCACAGAGAAAGGCGGGCCCUGUUGUCCAGGCUGGAUGGGUUAAAGGAGCUGUUAUCCAGGCCCGAAAUCCGCAGGAAAAUAAGCAAAGAACUGUUUGAAGACGGGCACAACCCGAGCAGUGAAUGGAAAAGUUGUGUUGACUCUGGAUCUCCAAAGGCAUGAUUGGGAAUUGCCACCGUGUUAGAACCUCAUCGCCUUGUUUAAAGACACACAAAAAAAAGAAAAUUUCUUCAAGAAAUUUUCCUUGCUGUUUCUUUUUUACUGGAAAUACGACUGGGGGUAAAUGGCUCCUGAGGAAUCGGGCUGAAACACUCGCACAGUGGGAUUUUAUUUCAUAAUGAUGAAGGGCAGCCUCUCCUCAGCACUGAUUUGAAACAAGCUUGAAUGGGCAGGUAUGGCUCCAAAGGGGAAAAAUACUAGUUUCAAACAAAUCUGAGCAAACACUGUGCCCUUCCUUUAUCAUUGCAAAUAAUUCAGAUUUUUUUCCUUAUAGAUCCCUUCCCUCGCAAUGAUAUACCAAUUGUAAAAAAAUGAAUGCUUUUAAAUACUUUAAAAUGUAUAUUUGAAAAAAAAAAAAAAAACAACUCUUUUAAUUAUCUGCCUUUUGGAUAUGUUUUGGGUUUGCACUGUCUGGUUUUUAUUUUUUUUUUUUUAAACAGCACUUGAAUACUUGUAUAGAUGCCGGCGUGUUGUUUCUGCUGAUGUUUACACUAAUGCAAGAAUGUUUUAAAUUGAAAUUCAGGCUCCGCUGAUCUCGAUGGCAGACUCUCAUUGGCUUUACUGGAGCCAGGAUGCUGCAAUUAAGAUUUCUGGUGAAAAUAAUCACGUUCCUUGGGAUAAUAUUUGCCUUUUUACUUUUGUAGAACAGUGGGGUUUUGUCUCUGUUUUUUGAUGUUUCCUCCAUCUCUACCUUCUUGCUGCCUGAGGAGGAAGGGGGGGUCAUUGCUCUCGUGGUUCCCUCCGCAUGCCUGCGAGAUCCCUGGAGGCACUGGAUGUACAGCAAUGCAGGAGCAGGUCCAAGAUUUGCAUUUUUUUUAAUAUAAAAAUAGUUUAAAGUUGCCUCUGGUCAUAAAAGCUAUGUAUAAUAUGUUGUGAUUGGUAUCAGAACUGUGCUGUCAGAACAGCUGUGUGCAUAUUCUCCAUUGGUCUCAAGAACCGCUCAUUUAUCUCACGCGUCAGAGCUUGGGUUUUUUUUUUCUCAUUUGAUAUAUAACGGUAUAUUCUGAAAUGUCUCCUCCAUGCCAUGUCCACAAUAAAGUAUUUUUUCCUUUCCA